UGCGUGCGUGUGUGUGUGUGUGAAGGCAACCCAAGGGCAAGAGUUGGAUCGGCAAGGAGAGGGGCAUCGGCGAUGUCGUCGGUGUACGUGUUGGAGCCGCCGACGAAGGGAAAGGUGGUGGUGAACACGACGUUGGGGCCCCUUGACAUCGAGCUGUGGCCGAAGGAAGCCUCCAAGGCCGUCCGCAACUUCGUCCAGCUGUGCCUCGAGGGAUACUACGACCGCACUAUCUUCCAUCGCGUCAUCAAAUCCUUCAUCGUCCAGGGCGGCGAUCCCACCGGCACCGGCUCCGGUGGCGAAAGCAUAUAUGGAAGUACGUUUGCUGAUGAAUUCCACUCUCGUUUGAGAUUUAACCAUAGGGGCUUAGUUGCAUGCGCAAAUGCCGGCUCACCACAUUCAAAUGGAAGCCAGUUCUUUGUAACAUUAGAUCGAUGUGAUUGGCUUGAUCGAAAGAAUACAAUUUUUGGAAAGGUCACUGGGGAUUCAAUAUAUAACCUUCUUCGGUUGGGCGAUGUUGAGACUGAUAAGGAUGAUCGACCUUUAUACCCACCUCCAAAGAUCCUUUCUGUUGAGGUACUUUGGAAUCCAUUUGAUGAUAUAGUCCCAAGGAAGGUGCCUGAGAAGCCUCAGUCUUGGAGCAAGGUUGAUGUUGAGGGACAAGAGAAGAAGAAAGCUGUUAAGCAGCUAAAUGUGCUAUCUUUUGGAGAAGAAGUAGAAGAGGAUGAAAAAGAGGCGGCAGAUAUAAAGGAUAGGAUUAAGAGUAUUCAUGAUGUAUUAGAUGAUCCUCGUUUUCUCAAAGAAGAACCGCAAAAAGAACCAUUGACUUCAGCAGAACAAGAAAAGAAAAAGGAUAUUCAUUUAUCUGUCAGAGAAGUUUUAAGCUCCAAGAAAGGUGAUUCUACGAAAGAUCCAGAAAUUAAUUAUCCUGACACUUAUGAUCAUAGCGAUGAUGAUGAGGCAAAGUUUGAUGAACGGAUGCGUUUGCAAAUUCUGAGAAAGCGCAGGGAGCUGGGAGAUAUCAGCACUCAUGAAAAGUCAUCCACUGAUAAAUCUACUCGGAAGGAUCGUGAAGUAUCACUUUCAAGGAGCAAUGCCGAUGUUACUGAGGGCCAAAUUACAAAGGUUGAAAAACUAUCUAUAAAGAAAAAGGGCAUUGGCUCAGAAGCUAGGGCUGAACGUAUAGCCAAAGCAGAUGUUGACUUACAGCUACUUGGUCAUGCUGACCAAGAAAGAGAGAUGCGGAAACAGAAGAAGCGUAGGCUCCAUGGUCGUGAAGAAGAUACACUAGCGAAGCUGGAGAGGUUCAAAAAGGGUAUCAAUGCCAAGCUCUCUGGACCUGGCAGUAGUGAUUCUAAGGGCAAUGACAAGGAAGAUGAGUCAGGAUGGAUGACAGCCAAGUUGAAGUUCAUACCUGAGUCUUCUGAAAAGGAUAAUAUGGCAAGGAAAGAUGAUCCAAAUGAAUACGUAGUGGUUGAUCCUCUUCUAGAGAAAGGUAAAGAAAAAUUUAACAGGAUGCAAGCGAAGCUUAAGCGACGAGAACGGGAGUGGGCUGGCAAAUCUAUCACCUAGUUGUUUAACCAGGGGGACUUCGAUCUGGGCUGCGUUGCCAACUGUACAGGAAUUUGCUCCCCAUUUAACUCUUUUGAGUCUUGAUGCAUCUUGUAAGGUGCAUGCUUGGACAUUGAUGUACUGCCUUGGACCUCUGGGCAAACGACAGGUCUAGUACGACAGCAGUGAGUGACUCUCCCAUGAGCUUUGUAAUAUUUGGGGUUUUCCAUUGCUCAAAUCAAUCAUUUAUGCGGUGCAUAGUCCCUGGAAUCACCUUGAACUAUAUGUCCUUUCUCUGAUGUGUUUUCCUCAUUGCUGGAGAAAUGGAGAGGCUUGUAUUGGGCUGUUAACUGACCAAAAAAAAGCGAUGGCUUUGAUAGAGUCAUGCGCAUAUACGGGUUUA